AUGGCGACUGUACAGCUUUUUCUUAAAGCAUGUUUAAUAAUGGACCAGCGAGUAAACUUAAAAUGGUGGCCGCAUUUUCUAUUAGUUUGCCUGCUUUUUGGAAUGUCGUUUGGAGAAGUCCGUUACAUCCUUCCAGAGGAGAUGCAGCGGGGGUCGGUUAUCGGGAACGUUGCACGGGAUCUGGGACUGAAAGUAACGGAGCUUGAUGCUCGUCGAGCCCGUGUUGUUGCAGAAGGAACUAGCCAGCUGUGUGAACUGGACACUGCGUCAGGCAAUCUUUUGAUCACCCAACGGAUAGACCGAGAGGAGCUGUGCGCGCAAGCCAUUGUCUGCAUCCUACAGUACCAGCUUCUGCUUGAAAAUCCUCUGCAAGCAUACAGCUUAGUUUUGGAUAUUGCUGACAUAAAUGACAACAGCCCAGUUUUUGCUGUAGGGAAGAUACAACUAGAUUUAGUCGAAUCCACAGUCCUGGGGAGGCGCUUUCCACUGGAGAUUGCGCAUGACCCCGAUCUGGGAACGAACUCAGUCCGUGAAUAUAAACUUAGUCCGAAUGAUCAUUUUGCACUUGAAAUUAGUACCCAAAUAAACGGCAAUGCUUAUCCUGAACUAGUUCUUAAGAAGGCCUUGGACCGAGAGGCACAGGCUGAACAUGUACUGAAAAUCAAUGGAAUUGACGGGGGAAAUCCAGUCAGAUCAGGAACUGCUUCUAUCCAUAUCCGUGUUUUGGACGCCAAUGACAAUGUCCCAGUUUUUAGCCAACGAGUUUACAAAGCCUCUGUCCCAGAAAACUCUGCCAUAGGGACUCUCAUAGCGAAGCUGAAUGCAACGGACUCGGAUGAAGGUCUUUAUGGAGAGAUAACAUACACUUUCAGUCACCUGUCAGACAAGAUAGGAGGGGUAAUUGAAAUUGACCCUGUGAGUGGAGAAGUUCGGCUGUCAGGUACCAUUGACUAUGAAGAUGCCAGUACGCAUGAGCUGGAUGUUCAGGCCAAAGAUGGGGGUGGUCAGGCGUCUCACUGUAAACUUGUCAUUGACGUCCUUGAUGUCAAUGACAACAAACCCAUUAUAGAAAUAAAAUCAGCCUCAGCUAAUGUGGUUGAAAACUCUAAACUAGGAACUAUGGUUGCUCUGAUUAACAUCUAUGACCUGGACACAGGCAGCAGUGGGCGUGUCACGUGUAGAAUCCAAGACGGUGUCCCAUUUAAGUUUGUAUCCGAGGUCAAAAACUACUACAUGUUAGUGACUGACGGAAUACUGGACAGAGAACUUCAACCCCAGUAUAACAUUACAGUCACUGCCAUUGAUGCUGGCUCCCCCUCACUCUCCAGUGUAAAAGUUUUAACAAUUGUGGUCAAUGACAUCAAUGAUAACCCCCCGACUUUUACGCAGAGGGAGUACAAUACCAACAUCCUGGAAAACCAACCUGUGGGCACGUUUGUGAUGAAAGUAAAAGCAGAGGACAUUGAUGACGGAUCUAAUGCAAAUAUACUGUACCAAUUAUCAAAGGACACAAAGUCAGAAGUGUCCUCCUUCCUCACCAUCAACUCCGACACAGGAGAGCUCUUCACUUCCCUUCUAUUUGAUUACGAACAAUCAGUUCACUUUCAAAUUAAGGUGACAGCUCGAGAUGGAGGGGAUCCUCCUCUCUCCUCCACCUGCACUGUUAACGCUUUCAUUAAGGAUCAAAAUGACAAUGCACCUGUUGUCCUAUAUCCUGUCCAAAACACCGGGUUCAUUGCUGAGGACAGGGUGCCAGUUGAAGCUCCUAAAGGCUACCUGGUUACUAAGGUGGUAGCUGUGGACGCCGACUCUGGCCAUAACGCCUGGCUCUCCUACAGAAUAAUCAAAGCAACGCGGCCUAACCUGUUUAUGGUCGGUCUGCAUACAGGAGAAAUCAGAACUGUGCGAGCCUUCAUCGAGGAAGAUGAACCAAAACAAACUGUUGUCGUUUCUGUGACGGAUAAUGGGCCAGAAUCUCUGUCCGCCACCGCUACAGUCAGCAUAGAGAUUAGUGACGGGCUUCCUGUUUUAAACGAACUCUUUGAGUUUGCAGAUGUGUCACAGGACAGCGAUAACUUAACGCUCUAUUUGAUCAUUGCUCUGUCAGCUGUUUCUGCUCUCUUCGUGCUGUUAAUCAGUGGUGUGUUUUAUUUUAAGCUCUGCAGGCAUAGUUAUGUUUACCGUUCAACCAAUGCUAGUCUCCCCAUGUUUCCCACUACCUACUGCCCCCCUAGUUUUACAGAUUUAAACCACUGCGGGACCCUGAUGAAAGAUGAACGGUAUGAUUCCUUUUUGACCACUGGGUCUUGGAGAGGCGAUUUUCGUUUCGCCUCAAGCACAGACACUGACACUCUGAAGCAAAGAAGUGCAGCCUAUCAAAAAAACACGCUAAGGCGCGCGAGUACAGAUAGGGCUACUCUGAAAGUGAGGGCAGGGGUUCCGCAGCCUUGUUAUGUAUUUCAAUAAAAGUCGGCCCAUCACUUUAUAUAUGUUGUAAAAUAAAACUUGUGCGAUUAAUUUAAUUUUGACCCUUGGGAGGCCAAAUAUUACAGAAUUGUAUCUCUGUGUUGUCAAUGCAACAAUAUGUUUUGUAACGUUUUUUGGAGUUAUGCUGAUAACCUCAGCAUUAUCCCACAUAACUUGACCUUAAAUAUAGAUGAAAAUCUUGUUUUUUCUGGAAGAUUUAAAAAAAGAAAAUGGUAUAGUAGCAUAUACAUGGUCAUUAUUAAAUCUCCAUCUGUGUCGUUUUCGAUUUUUUAAAUGAAAUAUUGAAAACAUGUUCAGCAGUUUGUUUGUUUGUUGAACUUUAUUCAGGCAGAAUACUCUCCCUUUCUUUGUCUUACUUAUUGUUGUAAGUGCAUGGACAUUUCUGACUACUCUAUCUACUAUCUUCUGAUCUUACGAGAACAAACAUUUGUGUCGUAUUUCUUUCUGAAAAUAUUUUACUUUGUCCUUGGUAUACUCUUCUUUGCCUCUAAUAAUGUGUUGGUGCAGCCUUUGCUCUUGUAAUUAAUGUCAAUUGUCUGACUUGGAAUACACAACAGCCAAGUUUUGAUAGAAUCAUGUUGUGUUUUUACAAAGUAACACAUGGGUGAUAGAGUCAAAUGAAAGGUUUGUACUACAUUGUAUGGAUUUAACUUUAUGUAAACAGACUAUAAGUGUAUA